AUGAGUAGUCAACAUAGUGAAGUACGAAUUGUUGAAAAUCCGAAUAAACUCUAUGAAUAUAGUAAAAAUGUUCGACUACCACAGAAACCAGUACCAACAACAUCUCGUCCUGCGAAAUUAUAUGAAGAAACCAAAUCAACAAUAGAUAUUCCAUUCGAUUUUGUCCAAAUAAUUCUUUCUGGUUAUAUUCAUAUUAAUCCAAAUGAAUCAUUUAAACAGAAUUGUGUUUUAUCAUGUACAUCUCUUUGUUUAUAUGUAAUUCGUGGUCAUAGUACAACAAAAAUAUUUGUUGAAGGACAAGUUAAUUGGUUAAUAGGUGAUCUUCUUGUUAUUUCAUAUCAAACACAAUCAUUAGAAUAUUUCGCACACAAUGAUACAGCAUUUUAUUAUGUACAUGAUGGACUAUUACUUAAAUAUCUUCGAGUAAAACCACAUCAGAAAAAUCUUUUUUAA